GAUCAGCAUUUAGCAUUUCAUUUGAUUGGUUAUUGAGAAUCAGAGUUAAUAAAAACAUGUAGAUAGUACAUUUGUUUUUAUUUGAUUGAAACAAAAUAUUUUUGUAUUAUACUAAGCAUUAUGUACUAUUGUUUUUAGGAAGUAUAAUAAUAUUAUUAAAACACAUUUAAAAAACUUUUAUAUCAAAAUGAUAAAUUUAAUUUCAUCAAGAAAUAAUGUUUUCAUAUGGACUGCAGAAGAUUGGUUGAAACUUCGUAGAGAUCAUAGAAUAAUUGGUGAAUUAAUAGGUUGCCUUCCAAAGAAACCUAGGCAAGAUGUACUGUCAGGUCUUCCGUUACUUUUACAAUCAGAAGAAGUAUCUCUUUUGCUUGAAAAAAACAUAGCCCAACUUAUCUGUUAUCCAUCUCUUCAAAAACCACCAACUGAAUCAUUGAAACUAGCUUUUGAGGAAUAUAGAAAUACAUUAUUUAUAGAACAAGAAGAGUGUUUAAGGAAUGAAAGAAAAAAACAGGUAGUCAGUAUGAUGGAUAAGAUUGUAGAGGGGAAGAAACGAAAGAUACUUGGAAUACAAACAAGGAAAAAGAAAGCAAGGAAACCAUUAGAUCCAGAAAUACAAGAAGCCCUUAAUAGCAUUAAGAUAAAUAGACAACAGUUGCUAGAAGAAGAAAUGGCAAAACUGCCUCAAUUAGAUAAGACUGAAGCUCUAAUUCAAACUCAUACAGUGCAUCCAUGGGUUGAUGAAGGUGAAACUGAAGUAGUAGAAUGGAAAUAUCCUUGUAACGCUAAAGAACAACUUCGAUAUUGUACAUACAAGGAUCUAUGGGAGAAGGGAUAUUUCAUAACAAGUGGGGAAAAAUUCGGAGGAGAUUUUUUAGUAUACCCUGGGGAUCCUAUCAUGUUUCAUUCACAAUUUAUAAUUCAUUGCAAAGACAGAAAUGAAGAAAUUCCAAUAAUUGAACUUUCAGCUCAAUGUCGUAUUGCAUGGCAUGUUCGAAAAACAAGAGUAUAUGCAUUUUUUUCUAAAGACCAAGAAUGUAUUCUAUAUGAAUCAUUUCAAUGGGCAGAAAGUAAAGUACUUGAAAAUGGAUAGCAUUUACCAUAAAUAUUUUAAAAUUUUAUAAAAAAAACUAAAAGCCAAGGAUUCCUCUACUUUUUUAUUAUUUUAUAUAUUUAUCUUUACUACAUAAAAGAUAUAAAAUUUAAUUAAGUGAUUUUAAACAGUAUCGAUUAAUACAAAUUUAUCAUGAAGCUUAUUAGGGAUAACAUUAAAAUAUUUCUUAUAUAUAACACUACCUGUUCUACCUUCAUAGUAUUUUACAGCCCAGGAACGAUUGAAGUUUGGAUUAAUUUUUUCACAUGUAACCAUUACUCUUCCAGGUUCUAAAGCAUAUAAUGUUCCAUUUUUUCCCAAACCAACCUACAAAUUAAUCAUAUAUUUGUUACAAAUUUGUAUAGUUUAAUAAAUAUGUAUGAUAUCUGUAAUACAUAUUAUACAAACACAAUUAGACUUACGUAAAGCCCUGGGUGAAACCUAGGUUUAAGUUGAGUGGCUAAUAUACAACCCUUUUGUACAUACCAUCCAUCUUGAACUCUCCAUCCUCUAUGUUUUGGUCUUGUAUGACAAGGUUUAUUUCUUGUACUACCACUGGCUUUCUUUGAUGCAUACCUCAUACAUACUACUAACCAAUUUUUAUAUUAAAACAAAUUGAUAGUAUGAAAUACCUUAGAAAAAUAAUAUUUGGUGUUUACAUACCUAAAUUAGUGAUGGUAUUAUUUAUAAAGGGUUUAGCAUUUUGCAAAGUGUUACUAAGUAAAUUUGUUAACAGAGACAUCUAAAAUACAAUUAUUUAAA